AUGAAACAACAUAUCGAGCUGAUUCAAAACGACAAAGAGCAUAUUCCAAGUUCAAAACUCACAGAAAUGUUUGAUGAUUUUGCUCGUGAAUGGCAUCAAUAUCAGCCAGAAAUAAUCUGCCAGCUUUUCUCUCUUCAGUUAUCCGAUCCUCUGGUAUUGAAUCAUGAAUUAUUUCGAAUUAUAUUAAAUAGUUUGACUGAUCUAUUAAAAAAAUGGCUGUCACUCAAUGAGUUGGAAGUAUUAAACUUCAAAAAAAUAACAGAACUGCUUUUUGUAAUGAUGAGUGGAAAAAACAAAGAAAAUACUGAAUCAUUUAAAUCCUUGCUUCUGAACAAGCCGCUUAUCGACUCCAUAAGAGAAUUUCUUAACAGUAUUUUGUUGAAUUUGUGUACCGCUAAUGUUGAUAUUCUUGAUGGUGUCACAAAUCUUUUAUCAACAUUUGUUAAAUUAGAAUACGGACGUUUAGAUAUUAUGGAUGAUGAAAAUCUCCUUUCGUUAAUGGAACCAAUAAUAAAAUGUUUGUGCUCAACCGAAUAUUUUGAUGUAUUAACAGGUUUAAAUCCAACAAAAACAUUCACAUCAUGGCAACAAUUUCUCGCUGUCACCGCUCCAAAUUAUUUUUCUUGUUAUCGCGGUAAACAAGCCAGGAAAUAUACGAAUCAAAUUCGUCGCACAUUAUUUAAGCGUUAUGCGGACGUUCUGCAACAAUUACUGCCAUCGUUAUUCGACUGGAACGAAUCAAUGAUGAAAUGUGUACAACAUAUGUUCAUCGUUCUGCGACGAUUUGGCGAGUAUGCCGAAACAAGAAAGCAUUUUACUGAACAUUUAAAAAUACUUGAUUCAAUUCUUGUCAUACUGAAUUCAACAAAAAUACAAGACCAAGUAUUGCACAAUGAAGAGAGCGCUGAAACUUACCUUGUGUAUGCUGCAUUGUGGGUACUUUCCUCAGCUGGAAGUGAAGAGAAAAUUGCCGACUACCUCAGAACUAACCAUCGUACGGAAACGUUUCUCACACUAAGAAAAGCAAAAAAACAAGCAUUACAACCGUAUGUCUAUCAAAUACUGGCAAAUGUCUUAAACGAAGAUGAUAUUAAACAACUGGCUGAUCCAAAAGAAAUAACCUCAAUGUUCAUUGAUUACGUUAAACAAGCUAUUGAAAGUCCUCAAUACUCGACACCUGGUGGGAGACUAAAAAAUUUGUUGUUUAGCUUGAAAGCACUCGUUCAGCAUGAUCAAAUUAAAGAUGAAUUAGUUCGUCAACAGGGUUUACCUCUGUUGAUACUAUGCGCUAUUGACACAAAAUUUCGUGUUUAUGAGGUUCAACAGUACGCACUUGAAAUCAUCUGGGCAUUGACAUUUAACAAUGAAGCAUUCAAUACGUUGAAGAACGACGAUGUGUUUACAACACAUGUAAAAUCUCUUAUCAAUAGUAAAAAACAACGUAUUAAAAGAGCUUCUGAGGGUAUCGUAUGGAGACUGGAGAAAGAGUCUUCGAAACUUCAUGUACAACAAGUGCUACAGGAGAAAAAGGAAACAGCUCCAGAUCGACAUUAUAAAUAUGACAUUAUGAUUAGUUAUUCUCAUGAUGAUAAAGUGUUGUGUUAUCAGAUUCAAGAACAAUUGGUCCGCGAUGAAUUUCGCGUAUGGCUUGAUCGUGACAAUCUGUAUGGUUCACAAAUGCAAGAAAUGGCCGAUGCUAUUGAAAAUUCCCAAUUUGUCUUCAUCUGCAUGUCAGACAAAUACAAACAAAGCGUAUACUGUCAAUCAGAAGCUCAUUAUGCAUUUGAACGCGGCUGUCAAUUGGUACCAAUUAAGGUUACAGAAAAUUAUCGACCGGAUGGAUGGUUAGGCUUUAUUGCCACUGGCAAAGUUUACAUUGAUUUCACGAAAACAGAUUUUAAUAUUGCCUAUCAAAAGUUAACGAAGGAAAUUUCACGUCAUCGCUCUCAACAACCACCUGCCAUUCCUCCGGCUCCCCAUGAAGUUCAUAGCGUCAAUGUAUCUACCGACUAUCUCACGAAAACAUGUGUCGAAUUAUGGACAAGAAAAGAUGUAGUGGAUUUUCUUAAUGAUAAGAAACUUGAGGCAAUGAUACCUCUCUGUGAAGACACGAAUGGAAGUCAGUUAUUGAAAAUGUACAAAAUGUGUGAACAUGAUAUGGAUGGCAUGUAUAAAUCGUUGAAAUCAGAUUUGGAAAUAAUUCAUGGCCAUCAAAAUACACUUUUGCUCAAGGUUUAUCUACGAUUUGUGGACGAAUUAAAGCCGUAUAUUCCAUUAUCGAGUGGUACCACUUCUAAAUCAGUUGUGUUCGCUAUUGAACGACUUUUUUCAAAGUUUGGACGUGCAAUUGACGUACAAAGAGAGUGGUCCAAUUAUUUUGAUACAACUCCACCUCAUCUAACGACAAUUUCAUCAAUAAAUAGGAAAUUUGAUGAAGAUGGAACACUUGAAAGUUUACCACGCAGUGGUCGCCCGUCAAGUGUACUUUUUGAAGAAAAACUAGACGAGAUUGAAGAAAUGGUCACUAGUAAUCCACAACUGUCUAUUCGUCAAGGUGCCGCUCAAGCUGGUAUAAGCAAAAGCAGUUACCAAGUAGCUAUCAAACAACUUAACUUUAAACCUUAUCGGCCCACCUUGAUAGUCGAGCUUAAUGAAGAUGAUUUUGAUCGUCGCCGCGAGUUUUGCGAAUCAUGGAUCGAAAAAUUCCAGAACGAGCCGGAUCUAAUCGAUAACAUAUUCUGGAGCGAUGAAGCCAAAUUUAAUAUGAAUACAGUAGUUAAUCGACAUAACUGCAUGUAUUGGGCCAGAGAAAAUCCAUACUUAAAAUUUGAAGUACCAAAUACGCAGCAGGGAGUCAUGGUUUGGUGCGGAAUAAGUUCUAGUGGGGUUGUUGGUCCGUAUUUUUUCAAUGAUAUUGUUACUGGCCCGUUGUACAAAGAAAUGCUGGUUAGUUACGCAUGGCCUCAGUUGAAAAAUAAAAACUUUUACUUUCAACAUGAUGGAGCAGGACCUCAUUAUGCUGUUAUUGUUCGAGAAUGGCUUGAUAGAAAAUUCCCAGAUCGCUGGUUAGGCAGACGUGGUCCAUUCGACUGGCCAGCUCGUUCACCAGAUUUGAGCCCAUGUGACUUCUUUCUUUGGAAUUAUUUAAAGGACAUCGUGUUUAAAACGCCGCCCGCCACCAUUACAGAACUUCAAGACAGAAUUAAGACAGCCUGCGAAGAAAUACCAGAAGACGUGUGUCGCAAAGCAUGUCGCUCUGUUUUGGGACGUUUUCGUGAUUGCUUGAACAACGAAGGACAAUUUCUUUCAUACUAA